UCUUAUUGUAUAAUCAGACUUACUAUAUUCAAUAAUACAAGAUGUUUAGGUUAAAAAUACCUCGCACACAAUUUAAUUUUGGUUUUCAAAUAUGUCGAAAUUAUUUAUCCCAUGAAUACAAAAGUACAUUAGUUGACUUUAAUGUGCAUGCCUUGGAAGCAAACAAUGUUCGAGCCAAAGGCUACCCGGUGCAAGGCAUUAUAUUGCUUGACAUAGUGAAUGGUAUUGCACAUGACAAUCGGAACAAUGCAUUCAGUGAAUCACUGUUAAAAUUACGUUCAUCGCCGGAUAAAGCUACCCAAUUCGACGCCACAAAUUAUGCGAUAUUCAGGAAUUUUCUUGAUCAUGAGAAUGUGGAGGAAUUAUUACCUAUUAUAAAGAAUCGCCUGCAGAGUGGCGUAUACAUCGACAAUUUCGUAGGUUGCUACAUUGUUGACCAUCUUUUGCAAGAGAACAAUUUUACUGGUGCAACUGAAGUUAGCCUGGAAAUAUUUAAACAGGAUUCUUUAGACAAUAAACUAGUUGUGGGCUUAAUUUUGAAAUCUAUUGUUGAAUACUUGAAACAAAAUGUUGAGCAAAUAUUUCCACCAGUUGUUAAGGAAAAGAAAACGGGGAAAAAAUCUGAUGAGAAAAGAGUACGUGUAAAGUUUGUACGAAAUUCCGACGGUACGAGUCAGCUGCCAGGAGACAUCGGGAAAGCGCUUUGUAGAAUUUCAGAAUUGUAUCCAAAUGAACUUACGGAAAACCUAAAGUUAUUAGGUUCUUUAUUGGACAAUAGACAAAACUUAGCCACUUCACUUCUAAAUAAUAAGGAAAUAAACUUCUGCAGGCAAACAUUAGAACUCAGCCAAACAUUGCUGAAGAAUAAGGAAGGAGUUGAUGACUUAACAAAUGGAAUAACGCUACGUUUGGAAGCAGCUGAUGAUACCAAAAAUAUAGAUAAUUUAUUGUCAAAAUUUUUCGAAGAAAUUGAUAAGGGAGAGGAAAUCAAACUUAUUGAACAACAAAAAGCAAAAUAUGAGAUAUGGAAAGAACAAGAUGCUAUAGAAAAGAAUAAGCAAAUUAAUAUUAUACCACCUAGUCAACGAAAAGAAAAUAUUGAUCAGAUACUAAGCGAUUUAACUCAAAAGAGACAAAAGCUUUGGUACUUUGAAAAUGAAGAAUUAAUCGAUCUGGAGAUAUUUAAAAAGAAUAAGAGUUAUCCCAAGAGAUGGUUUGGAAAGAAAAAGAAGCCUAAAGUAGUUGACGACAACUACGUGCCACCAGAAAUAACAAGAAAAAGCUAAUUAAUACAACUGUUAAUAUGUAAUUCACUGUGUGAAUUAAAAAUUAUACGAAAUAUAAAGAAAAUUUAUUUAAACAAGUUAGAACGUUUUAAAAUUUUAUUUAAGACAUUUUUAACAAUAGGCAAUAAACUGUAUUCCAGUGGUAUAAAAAUUGUAUAGGCUUACAAUGAUCUGCUGAGUUCAUUUUUCUUUUAUUCAGUUAUUUGACAGGUGUCAAACGUUUUUCAAAUUGGAAGCACUGACAAGUAGAAAUAUAUUAAAAAUAUACUAAUGAUAUUUGUUAACUAAUUACAAAUAAUUCUCUUUCAGUAUUUAAAUAUUUUGUUUUAUGUUUAACACCAUUCAAGAAAUAUUUUAAAAUAAAAAAACUUACAUUGCUACUAAAACCUUUAAUUACUGCGGAAAUCAAUAAAAAUCGAAGCCCGACAGUGAAAUCCUAUUUAUUAGCGUUACCCAAACUCUUAAAUCUAAAUAAAGUUCAUUAAUAAUAGUUUUUUUUUUAAUGUUUUUGAUUGAUAACUAGACACACAAAUAUAUUUAUAUUCAUAUAUUCAAAAUCAAAAAAACCAAAUGUUAGGGGGAAAUUCACACUUCGCAAUUUCUCUUGUAAUGCAUCCAUUUUUUAUAUUACUUUCAACGUAAUAAAGCUCCAUUGAAAAGUUUAAACUACAUUAUGAUGUUAAAUGUUGUUUAAUUUAAUAGUUUUCGUGAUUUAAGAUAUUAAUUUGAGUAAUAAAUUAUUAUUUAAAUGAAAUCUAGCAAAUCUACAAUAAUUAAAAUACAUCCGUGAAGAAGUAGAAAAAGUGCGCUUUUAAUAUUACGCACAUUUUUUAACGUUCUGCCGCUGAUUUAGUAUUUUUGAAGUGAAAUUUUUGGCAACUCUAUGCUUUAGCGUCGGCCAACGCAAGACGUAUUGGGCGUUGUCUACUAGGUAAAAAGGGCGGUUGAAGCGCUAGCUGUUUUUAGAAAGUAACCAUAGCUUGCAGUAAUCAGUUGUUCAAUCAACAGCGUUGGGAAUUUGCGAAAGUUAUAUUUGUAUUUAAGUUGAAAGUGUAUUAAAAAAUUUAUUAAACAAAAUGAGAGAAAUCGUUCACAUUCAAGCUGGUCAGUGCGGUAACCA